CUGAGAGACACGGCUGACGGUACGUUCCUGGUUCGAGACGCCUCCACUAAGAUGCACGGAGAUUACACUCUGACUCUGAGGAAAGGAGGCAACAACAAACUGAUAAAGAUCUUCCACCGGGAGGGAAAGUACGGCUUCUCCGACCCUUUAACCUUCAGCUCGGUGGUGGAGCUCAUCAACCAUUACCGCCAUGAGUCCCUCGCCCAGUACAACCCCAAACUGGACGUCAAGCUGCUCUACCCAGUCUCCAAACACCAGCAGGACCAGGUGGUGAAGGAGGACAGCAUCGAGGCUGUGGGUAAAAAGCUCCACGAGUAUCACCUGCAGUACCAGGAGAAGAACCGAGAGUACGACAGACUGUACGAGGAGUACACCAGAACCUCACAGGAGAUCCAGAUGAAGAGGACCGCCAUCGAGGCGUUUAACGAGACCAUAAAGAUCUUCGAGGAGCAGUGUCAGACUCAGGAGCGCUUCAGCAAAGAGUACAUCGAGAAGUUUCGCCGAGAGGGCAACGACAAGGAGAUCCAGAGGAUCAUGGAGAACUACGACAAGCUCAAGUCCCGGAUCAGCGAGAUCGUGGACAGCAAGCGUCACCUGGAGGUGGACCUGAAGAAGCAGGCCGCCGACUACAGAGAGAUCGACAAGAAGAUGAACAGCAUCAAACCAGACCUGAUCCAGCUCCGCAAGACCAGGGAUCAGUACCUCAUGUGGUUGACUCAGAAGGGCGUCCGUCAGAGGAAACUGAACGAGUGGCUCGGACUGAAGAACGAGACCACAGAGGAUGAGUACAGCAUGGUGGAGGACGAGGAGGACCUUCCUCAUCACGACGAACGUCUGUGGCGUCUCGGAAACAUCAACCGCCUUCAGGCCGAGUCGCUGCUCCGCGGGAAGAGGGACGGGACCUUCCUGGUCCGAGACAGCAGCAAGCCGGGCUGCUACGCCUGCUCUGUGGUCGUGGACGGCGAGGUGAAACACUGCGUCAUCAACAAGACGAGCACCGGCUUCGGUUUCGCCGAGCCCUACAACCUGUACGGCUCUCUGAAGGAGCUGGUGCUGCACUACCAGCACACCUCGCUGGUCCAACACAACGACUCGCUCAACGUCACGCUGGCCUUCCCCGUCUACAGCCAGCAGAGACGGUGACCCGCCCGCCGCCUCCUCAUCCACGCCGCCGCGCCAUCCAGCUGCACGACCACAACCGGACACGUUUAACGCUCACGCGGCGACGCCCCCGAGUCUGCUCCACCUUUAAGAAGCUUUAUGUGAAGUUAAACGCUUUGUUGCAUCCUGUCGGAGCGAAGAAUUCAACAUUUUACUGUGAAAGGCGGAGCUUUAACUUCCUGUGAGGAAAAACAAGCAGCGCUGCCAAAAGAGACAGAGAGAAAAGACUAAAACACGGCGGCGAACGCCGUCGUCCUGCUGAUUUGGCGCCGAGGAUCAACUUGUUUUUCUCAUCAGAGAAGGAGGCGACACGCUGGAGGUCGGCAUCACAUGGGAACUUUUUUCUUUUUGUUUUUAGGGAACCAUCAGAGCGUAAAAAUCACCGAAACAUUUAAGAGGAAAAAGAAAGAUGAACACUUUUUUCUCCUUGAAAAAUCACCAAUUCUUUUAAAGAAAUAAAAGCCAAAUAUGUUUGAAGGACAUAUUUUCUCUAAAAUAUCUGCAGUAAUAUAAAUACACGAUCCAGCCAGUAAAGGUGCGUGUGCCUCCUCCCCCUCCCCUCAUAAAUAAAGGACAGUCCCUGAGCUACGUUUAAACACUCAGUUCUGAUCCCGCUCUGAAUUCUUUAUUCUUUAAAACGCAGAGCUCUUAUACAGAAAUCAAAAAUCAUCAGUGUUAGCUUUGAUCUAACCUUCGUGUUGUCCUUGAGGUCAUUUUGACCCCCAAUGAAAUCCUUUACUAUCAAAAUAUAAUUUUUAUACUUAUGUAAACAAGGUCUGUUGGGCCUAAAUUCCAAAACGAAGGGAAAAAUGUGGUAAUGUGUUGGGCUGAAGUAAGACUGUUUAUACAAUGUGCUUUACAUAACAGUCAGGCCAGGCGGGUCAUUUUGACCCCAGAGGACAGAAGGUGCCUGGCAUUCAGGAGGACUCCUGGAAAAGUCCUGGAAAUUUAUUGGUAAAAAUUAGAAACUCGUCCCAUGUGAUCACGACCUCAAGUGUGGAUUCGGCGGCCGACGUCUCCCAGAUUCAUUUCCUGUCUGAGGAGACACGAGGGGCCGAACGCCGCCUCGUUUUGUCUAGUGGAGGUCGGAGAGAGUGGAGCCCCACGGAGGGAUGAUCCGCCUCCACAGGACAGAGCCACGACGACGACGAUGAUGAUGAUGAUGAUGAUGAUGAUGAUGAUGAUGAUGAUGAUGAUGAUGUCAAAGAUAAAAUGUUGGACAAUCCGAGGAGGUUUCUGUUGCAUAAACACUGUGAGACUCUGAACGAGGUUUGAAAUGCGAAUCGACCGACCUGCUUUUUUAUUCAUUAAGAGGAUAAAAAAUAAACGGCACCAUCCAAAGACUCGUCCCGCCACCAACGCCGCCUCCUCCUCUUCCUCCUCUUCCUCCUCCUCCUCCUCCCUAAAAUAAUCCUGUCAGUGUUUUUUUCGAAGGUCCAGCUUCUUCAGGUUUGUUUUCGCCGCGUCAGUGUCGUUUCAUUUUGCUGAGCGGACGGAUGGACGAUUCUUCACUUCUUUCACUUCGAUAAACGUCCGUCAGCACAAAGAUUUACUGAAUCCAAACUGUGAGAUAAUAAAAAAAUCAGGAAUGAGGAAAACUGGAUCGACUUUUCCUUCAGUUUCAAGGACAAAAAGUGCCGCCUGUAAAAGUUACUGACGUAAAAUAAAGAAGAUUUUUGUUUUUUGUUGAUUUUCCUUCUUUGUGCGUUUGGCUUCUGAACCGGGCGCAGGCCUGCUGACUUAAUAUUUCAAAAUGUUUGGAAACAAUUUUUUUGAGCUCUCUUCAUUUCCGUCUCCCACUAAAUGUUUUUUAUUUCAUUCCUUCAACACUGAAACCAAACCGGUGAACACAGCCGGCUGUCUGUGACGGGAGACGCUGACAAGUCAUGAAAAGUUUCAACUGUUUGAGAUCUGAUGAAUAAAAACUGUUUGAGCGUCUGAAGUCUUUUAUACCGCCAGAAACCUCUUUCUUUGGUUUAAAUUAUCCGCAGAAUAAAAUCUGUUCAGCUGCA